CAACCAUAACAUCAUCAAUUUUUUCUUCGAUUUACAUUCUUCUCUUUAUUCCCACCUACUAUCAUACCCACCACUAAGCAACCUCCACAAUUCCACAGUAACUCUCUCUCUCUCUCUCUGAAGGCUCAAUUGGCACAACCUUUCUCUUGUGAAAAAUGCUUUGCUUAAUUUAUAGAUUGAUCCUUCAAAACUUCUUCUAGAACCCACAGAUUUGCAGAAAUAUGGUUGCAGAAGCAGGCCUCCAAUGUAUUGUUAUUAGUCAAUCUGCUAUCUGAGAAAACUACAGCUUCUGCAUAGGUGUGCUCUCUCUCUCUCUCUCUCUCUCUCUCUCUCUCUCUUUAAACCUCUUACAUUGCUUACCAAACAGAAAAUAUUAGAAUAUCCUCAAGGGGAAGAAGCUAUAUUCUGAUCUGAUGGAAUCAUUCAAUCAGACAACUGGGUUCCGGUACAACCUGAAUUCGAACACAAUAGGUGAUGUAAAUGGUGAUUCUGAUCACUUUUCAGGGAUUCUUGAAAUCUAUGCUCAUCAUGCUAGGAACAUUCACAACAUAUGCAUCUAUGAAAAUCAAGAUGUCUAUGCAAAAUUUUCUCUCACUUACAAUCCAGAUGAGACCCUCUCAACUAGGAUCAUCAAUGGAGGUGGCAAGAACCCCGAAUUCAACGAAAACUUGAGGAUGAAAAUCACUCAACUUGAUGCUGUCCUCAAAUGUGAGAUUUGGAUGCUUAGCAGGGCCAGAAACUACAUGGAAGACCAGCUUUUGGGAUUCACUUUGGUCCCAAUUUCACAUGUGAUUGGCAAAGGAAAGGUAACUCAAGAUUAUAGUCUGUCUUCCACUGAUCUCUUCCAUUCCCCAGCUGGAACUGUCAAAUUGAGUCUUUCUCUCAACACAUCUUUGCCUAUUAAACCCUCCACCAGUUCGUUAUCCGAAUCAUCUGCUAACUCAUCCAUAACUUCAGAAGUUGUGUUGCUUGAUCGAAAAGUAUCAGAAGUGGUAUUAGACCCGGUUGAGUAUUCGAGGAUCGAAUUCCCGGAUAUCGAUGUAGUAAAUGAGAGUCAGCAAAUGGUGUCUGAGUAUUUUAACUUGACAAGGCAUGGCUGUGCUUGGAGACCUGGUUCCCAAGGACUUGGCUCGUUUCUUCAUCUCGGUGCAUCUCCUCAGCCUGCUGCUGAUCAUGACUAUGAAAUGACUGUGAGUUCAAAUGUGGGAAUCCAGGGUGAACCUGUUUCUCCUAAUGGGAGUGGGAGCAUCCACAACUCUGGCUUCUUAAGUUCCACCACAACAAGCUUGAGUGAUGAUAGAAACUCCGCUGAUUCAAUAGAGAAAAAGAAUCGUGUGACUGCUGAGACGUCGAAUUCCAUCAACACUUGUGUCACCACAGGAGCAGCUAAUCAAGGUUCUGCUGCUUGUCCAGACACUCCAACCUCAAGAAAGGGAAGAGAAGCUGUAGACACAAAGGAUGCAAAUUUCUCAGGAAAGGAAGAGGAGAGCAGCAAGGAAAAGACGGUUGGUUCUGGUCAAUAUGGUCAGGUGUUUUCGGCUCCACUCGGGAACAUCAACAUGGAGGCCGCCGAGCAGUCUGCAAUGCAGCAACAAAUAGUGGACAUGUACAUGAGAAGCAUGCAACAGUUUACUGAGUCUUUGGCAAAGAUGAAGCUCCCAAUGGAUCUUGAUAAAGCGGAAUGUGAAGACCGUGGCGAAGUGAUUCCUAACCAUAACAACAAUUUAGAACUUGAUAAGAAGAAGGAUGGAUCGAGGGUGUUCUACGGUAGCCGAGCCUUCUUCUGACUGCUAAUUGAGAUGCUGCAGGGGUUGAGCGCAUAAAUUUAUUUAGCAGGACAACAUCGAGUUUAAUCCAUCCAAAACUGAUUUUCAUAGGCAGCAAUAUUACAUUUGAUGAGAUAUUUGGCUUCAUUUUAGUCAUGUUUAACUUGUUUCCCUGGCUGAUGUAUGUGAAUAAUUUUCUCUUCAAAUUCAGAUGCAGUUGUUGCCUUAACUACAACAAACAACACCAGAUGUUAAUCAUCUGUAAAGCAGAAGCAUUCAUGGUGAUGGUAAUGUAAUUUUUAAUUUGGUUACUUAAAAAGAAAAAAGAAAAAGUGAUUUUCGUUUGUGUUCUGCAGCUUCUGCUUUUGAAUGAACAUCAUUUGGUGGUUUGUAAACCUUGGCUCUAAUCAGGACCAUUUGAGGUUUUCCAUUGGGAUCAUGUUCUUCUCCCAAUUAACUCUAUUUAGGGCCUUUUAAAGUUUCUGGAUUUCUCUGUUUUAA